CAGAAAGCCGCAGCCAACACAUGGGAGCAAAUCCUCAAAGAUUAUCCAACGGAUCUUCUGGCUAUAAAGUUUGCUCAUGACACAUACUUCUAUUUGGGUGACGCAAAAAUAAAGCGUGACUCCAUUCAAGCAGUUCUGCCUAAGCAUAAAGGGACAGAGCCAUGCUACAGCUACCUCCAUGGAAUGCUGGCCUUUGGUCUUGAAGAAUGUGAACAAUACGAGGAAGCUGAGAAAGAAGCAUUAAAGGCGCUUGAAGCGAACAGAUACGAUUGCUGGGCCACCCAUGCCAGAGCCCAUGUUUUGGAAAUGCAAGGAAGGUUUGAUGAAGGCAUCACAUUUCUGGAAAGCACCGUCGAAGACUGGAGGCAAGGCUGGAUGUUGGCUGCUCAUAAUUACUGGCACAACGCCCUUUACUAUGUAGAAAAGGAUGGCACUUAUGAAGCACCACUUGCUAUAUUUGAUAGCGAAAUUUGCCCACGAGCUGUUAAAAGCGGAGCAAUGCUUGAUAUGGUCGAUGCUGUGUCAAUACUAUGGAGAUUAGAACUCGAAGGUGUGAAUGUUGGCGACAGGUGGCAGAAUCUUCCAAAUUUGAAGGAACACCUUGAUGAUCAUGUGCUAUUUUUCAACGAUAUUCAUAUGAGCAUUGCACUACAGAAGAACGGCCACAUUGAUGAUGAAACAAAAUUGCGAGAAACUUUGUUCGAGUUUGCAAAGACUGCAAGUGACGACUACACUCAAGCUAAAGUCAGUCGUGAUGUGGGUUUGGCCAUAUAUGAUGGGAUAUCACACUAUAUUCAAGGAGAUUACGGUAGCUGUGCAAAGUCCAUUGUUCCUAUUCGCGACAGGAUCUAUGCCAUUGGUGGAAGUAAAGCACAGGUAUUUUUAUAA